ACACCACCCACCAUUUUCCUCACACAGUCACACUUUCUCCUGCUACAUAUCCACCCAACAAUAAAUAUCUUCUCCUCCGUACUUGAAUGAAGAAAUUAACGCAAAAUUAAUAAAUUAAUUGGAAGAUCAUAUAUUUAUACAUAUACAGGAAUUUGUUGAGGAUGAUCAUGACUGUAGAAUCUUCUGGUUUGGUGGAUCAAAUCACGAAAUCGGAUCACGCGGUUGGAAUUGGGGAUAAGGUUAUCGCGAAGAAGAGAUGCGUUAAGAAGAAGGCCAGGCUUCAAUUGAAGAGGCCAGCUGUGCGUCAUCAGGCGGCGGCGGCCGCGGCGGCGGUGGUUUCUACAACUCUCCAGAAGGUCUUCGAUUCCUGCCGCCGAGUUUUCAAGGGCGCCGCCGCUGUUCCUUGCGCCGCCGAUGUGCAGAACCUCUGCCGUAUUCUCGAUGGUAUGAUCCCAGAAGAUGUUGGACUUAGUAAGGAUCUACAGUUCUUCAAACCGAAGACUGAGGCUGAAGGUACACCAAGAGUUACCUCAGCAACCAUCUACAAAGGCAAUAACUUUGAGUUGUGCAUUUUCUUCCUUCCUGCAUCUGCUGUUAUACCACUUCACAACCACCCAGAAAUGACCGUCUUCAGCAAGCUUCUAUUGGGAACCAUGCACAUUAAAUCAUACGACUGGGUCGAUCCACUCAACUCCGAUUUCUUGAUUUCACCUUCCAAAUCGAGACUAGCGAAGCUUAAAGCCAAUAGAAUAUUCACAGCCCCAUGCGACACUUCUGUAUUGUAUCCCACGUCGGGAGGAAAUAUCCACGAGUUCACUGCGAUAACACCGUGUGCAUUUCUAGAUGUGAUUGGUCCUCCGUAUUCUAAAGACGACGGCCGUGAUUGCUCCUAUUACAAAGAAACUCCAUGCAUUAAUUUGUUAGAUAGAGAAGAAAUUGAAGAGUAUAAAGCGGAUGGUAGUUGCUAUAGAUGGCUUGAGGAAAUCGAAACCCCAAAGGAAUCGGAGAUGGAUGGAAUCGAGUACAUGGGUCCGAAAAUUAUCGAUUCGACUGCGUAGCUUUCUUGCUUCAGUUCUUCGUUUUGCUUCGUAAUUUUGUACAUAUGAUCCUUUGUAGAAUCAAAAGUUGCAAUGACUUGUUGAUGGUCUCGUCAUUAAUACAAGAAGGUUUGUUGUCAGUGUUGACGAAAAUUGAUACCAAAUUGUCUCUUGUUCCUUUUAAUGUGUAAAAUUCUUGUCUAAUUUCUUUUUUUGCAGGAAAUUUUCUUUCAUUCG